CCUCGGAGCUGGGUCGGGGCAUGGAGCGAGCCGCCGGCAAUGCCCGCGUCUGAUGUGCUUCUUCCUUGCUGACCGUCGGGGGGAAAAAAAGCCAGUCUCGCCGAACCCUGGGACUGAAGGUAGAGGUAGGGAGAUACAGCUGAUGCAAAAUGGUCUCACUAACAUCAGUGCUGUUGCUGCUGCUCUCUUGGGGAUCACUGCUCCACACGGCGCAAGCUGCCGCAGAGAUUUGCCGGGGGACGCACUGCUACGGCGGGGAGACCGGCGAUCCAAGACCGUGCACCGGAGCGCACUGCCCGGGGGGCAGAUCUUCCAGACUCCCGCGGCAGUUUAGCCCCGGAGCGCAGGGGAGAGCGGCGCAGAUCGUUGGCAGCCAACACCACGCGAUCCCGAGUUCCCCGAGAGCUGCGUCGGAAGCCCACUCGGCCGCCCAGCCGCCCCGCGGGCGCCACAGCGACAGCGGCGGCACGCGGAUGAGAGCGCCUGAAGUUCUACCCGCAGGAUGCACCGACGCCGACUGCGCCGCUCCCGCGAAACAAUUUCAGCCCGCAAACGACACCCGAGACUGCAGGGGGAUCGAGUGCAGGCUGCCUCUGAGGAUACGGCCAAAAGCUCGAUCAAAGUCCUGUGUGGGAGAGGGAUGUCUGGCCGGUUCAGAGGAGAGCGCCUCCUCUGCCGCCAGCCAGCUUCCUCCCGUCCAUCUGUCCGACAGAGCCGCGCAGUUUCUGGGAGAUUUUCCGGAGUUUGGAUAUCCAUCGCCGGCCGUCGAACUGGGCGGCGCGCCUUUGGGCGUCCAGCUCACAUGUGACAUCAAGCCAGGUGAGAAUGAAGUUCCCUCAGAAGACGCCCUCAUUCUGCACCUCCAGCUGGCCAAGGGGCAGGAGAAGCUGGUGGAGGCCCUGCGAGCCCAGCAGAUGAUCAUCCGCGAACUGCAGCAGAAGCUCGCCGAACAACAGGAGGCGCUCCUGUCCCAGCAGCGCGAAAUCCUGGAGCAGCAGCGGCGCAUGUACGAGCAGAUGGACGUGGUGAAGGCCCAGUACGGCCUCCUCUCGGACACCGUCAAACAGGUUUCCUUCCAGGGCCUGCAGGGUGAGCUGCAGAGCUACUUUGAGAGCCACUUGGCGGGUCUGCAGAGCCAGGCCCGCAGCCACCUGCAGAAGUCCUACGCCGUCCACAAAAUGGACAUGGACUCGAAGGUGAUGGAUGUGGUCGGGGAGGCCAAUUUCCCCCAACCUCUGCUGGGAUGCCCCUCACCCUGUGGAUCAGAGGAGUUCUGUGAUUUUCAGAGGGACCCACCUCAGUGUGAAAAGUGCACCAUGUGUCCGCCGGGCUUCUUCUUGAUCUCACAGUGCUCUCCUACUGCGGACCGAAUGUGCCAGGACAGAGACGAAUGCCUUGAAUUACCAAACAUUUGUGGAGAGCGAGUGAAGUGCCUCAACACUCCAGGCGGGUUCAGGUGUCUGGGAGUUUCUGAGAGGGAGGCGGUGAUGGGCCUGUGUGGUCACGACUACUUCUACAACCAGGAGCUGCAAGAGUGCCAGGCCUGUUCAGACUGUGAUGGAGAGCCCGUCACUAGCCCCUGCACAGCCAUCAGCGACGCUUUCUGCGGCAAGCUUUCAGAGAGUCGGCUCUCCCAGUCUUGGGCGGCGAAUGUGGCCAUUCCCUCUGCCAGGACCUCUGGCGCCCACAUCUUCCCUGGGCUUCAGCUAAACAUCAAAGGGAAGGAGAGCAGCGAUUUACUGUCAAACGAGUUGGGGAAGGUGACCUUCCUGCAGCAUGGCCUGGUGUGGUUGGAUCAUAACUUUGCAAUAAAGCACAGCUGCAGGAACUUCCUCCAGGUCGGGAUGAGGCUCAACGGCAGCCAGGAGGAGGAGGGUCUGGACCUGAGCGGCGUUCGCAUUGAACAGCCGGAUGGGAAGUACUUUCAGGGCGUCAGCGUCAGCAGCGGGGUGGAGGUCGAGCCUAAUCACACCUUCACUCUGCUGCUGAAGAGUCCGAAUCAACACUGCAACCAGAGCAAGGAUCUUCAUGUGUACGAUAUCACCGCUCCCUCUUUAAGUCUGCUCUGGUUGUCUCAUGAUACCGGCGCUGUUGCAAUGACAGCUCAGAUGUCCCUGUUGGUGCACUACCAGACCAGCUACCGCCCGACUUUCCGUAUCACCUCCGUGUCCGACCCGUAUAUGAUCAGCCUGACCCACGACAGCCGUGGGGUGCGCUUCACAGAGAGCGGUGUGGUGAAGUUUAUCCUCCAGCAGGCACUGUACUCCAUGGGCCACACCUGCAUUCGAGAGGGUUUCUCCCUGAUUGCUUAUACUAACCGCAACGGGACCGGCCAGGAGGCGAUGCAGGCCUUCAAGACGGGCGUCAACUACAGGGACACCUCCAUCACCCUCUCUGGUGCUGUGAGCGUGGACGGCGGAGACACGCUCAGCUUCGAGAUCGCAUCUCCGUCCCAGUGCAACAUCCGUUAUUUUGGGGACGGCACUGGGAUCAGCAUGCUGAGCCUUAUCUGGAUUCCUUCGGCCGUGUCGUCAGCCUUGACUGCUACUGUGUCCAGGACUGGUCUUCCCUUUGGAGCCGUCAGGAAUAAACCACUGUUGUUCCAGCAGAUCAGCUCAGACACGCCGCAGGUUCAUUUGGCCCGCUCGGGUGAGCCAAACAGCCGGAAGAACUUUAUAUUCCACGAGAAGGGGACAGCAAACAUAGUCCUCAACCUGAAGCUGAUCCACUCGUGUAAUAUAGUAAAACUCACUUUGCAGCAGUUGGGGGGUCCGGGUCCGAGCAGGCAGGCAGGUCCUGUGGCUCAGCAGGUGUCUGGAUACAUGCCCGAAGGGAGCGAGUGGGCCAGUAUAGGGCUGAGGGCCUCGUUUCAGGUCCAGAACGGCACAGCUGUGUACGUUACUCUGGACUGUGUCCGUGGACGAGUUAACCAGAUAACACAUGAGGGAGGCACUAACAUUUCGAUCCUCUGGGUUGCGGUGUGAUCCAAGAAAGGAUGGAGCCUCAUGGAGCCUAAAUGUCAUAAAUACAUUUCGUGAGAAAAAAAAAGGACAGUUUUGCACAAUAUUGAAUUGCAGAGCAGAUUCAACAAUUUACCAAAUCUAGGAAGAAUACUGGUUGAUGAAAAAAACUCAUUCAUCUAUUCCCCCAUAUUUUUUCAUAUUAUUGUUUUAAAUGUAUAUUUCAUCGCCUGUUUAGACUUUUAUUGUGAAAUAUUGUUUGGGUAUGAUUUACAAACUAUAAGUACUGCUUUUGCUUGAAGUACUUCGGCUGGUUGAGCAGUGACCAAUUCUACAUUGACUCUCUACGUGUGUGUUAUGUCUGUACUGUAUGUGUGUGUGUGUGUGUGUACAUAUGUGUGCAGUGGUGCUUAUACAGUAUGUGAUGUAUGUGCGCGUGUGUACACACACAUUGGCAUGCCUACUUUUGCAUAUGGGUAUGAGUCUUGACAUGUAUAUCCUUUCAUCCCCUGCAUAUAUUUAACGUGCAUACCUGUAUGUAACAAACCUUUUUGUAUUGUAUCAUUAGGCAUUUAAAGCAGUAGUUUGACAUGUUUGGACAUUUUGCGUUAUUUGAUGGAGAGUUAGAUGAGAAGUUUGAUACCACUCUCCGUAGAUGGUUAGCUUAGCUUAGCAUAAACACUGGAAACAGGGGGAAAGAGCUAGCCUGCCACCUCUAAAGGGAACUCAUUACCACAUUCUAUCGUGCUUUUAAAAUUCCAUACAAAAUGUGUAAAAACAAUCAUUUUGACAGUUGUUUUGUUGUUCCGACAAAACAGCUAUUUUAAACGGGCUUAUUUUGCAGGACUGUUUCUUGACUUGGAGCAUUAAAUUCCUUAACUCUACGUUGGUUGCCUGGAGAAUGCUAAGAGUCAAAAAUAACCCCUCCUAAAAUGGCACGAUGUUGUUUUUACACCAUUUUUUUGUACAGAUUAAAUGAAGAGGUGCAAACAAUGAGUUGCUGGCUGGCAGAUUUUCUAACUUUUGGACAGAGUCGGGCUAGCUGUUUCUUUCUGUCCUCAGCCUGCGUGGUUAGCUAAGCUAAAGUAUUGCUCGCCAUAGCUUCAUAUUUACCACACAGCAAUGAGGGUGGUAUCAAUCUUCUUGUCUAACUUUCCGCCAAAAGAUGCGUAUUUCCCAAAAUGUUGAACUACUCCUUUAAUGCUCUGAAGAGUUUGUCAUGAUUGAACAAUACACUAAUGCAAUGUAGUAAACUUUCAGUAAGAAGGAGUUUUUGUACUUGAUGAUGUUUUUGAUGAUAUUUAUUUGCCUUUUUAUACAACAGGACUUUUGUAUUUACUCUAUGGAAAGCAUAUAUAUAUGAGCAAAACAGAAAAAAAACGUAAUGUACAUUGUAAAGCACUGAAUAGGCAGUGUUGGUAUUCAAAUGUGUGCAGUGAUAGCCUCCGUCAUACAUUUAUUUGCGCACGUAUAACAUAGUAUUAUGGAACGGGCAAAUAUCAUACUUUGUUAUUCUUUUGCCUAAAUACUGUUUCCCUGUGAAGACCUGCCCAUGCAUAUCGUUCCUAAUUGCCUCUGUGUGUGUCUGUCCUCUAAACAAUUAGGCACAAGUAAGUGUUUCAGGAAGUUGGCAGUGAAAUUUCCUCAGCUUUAUUCUCACUUCAGCAUGUUAAAUGAUUUUCUUUGUGUGUGUGUGGUCGGGCUCCUUGCACAUGACUUGUGGAACAUGCAUGUACUCUUGUUCAACGCCAAAU